AUAAAACUCAUCAACUCGAUCAUCUUCUCCUUUUGUUGUCUUUAAUAUUUCUUUUCUUUUCAUCAAAUGGCAACCUUUUCACCAAAAACCAUCUUCUAUCUUACAACUCUACUUUUGAUGACUACAGUUCCGCAAUCAAAAGCAGCUUUAAACGCCAAUUAUUACAGCCAAACAUGUCCACAAGCUGAGAAAAUCAUUCUGCAGACAGUCUAUAACGCCUCCAUAUUCGAUCCCAAAGUUCCAGCUCGACUCCUUAGGAUGUUCUUCCACGACUGUUUCAUUAGGGGAUGUGAUGCGUCUGUGUUACUAGACUCAACAGCAGAGAACCAAGCAGAGAAAGAUGGACCUCCCAAUCUUUCUCUUGCAUCAUUUUAUGUCAUAGAUGGUGCUAAGGCUACACUAGAAGCUGCAUGUCCUCAAACUGUUUCUUGUGCUGAUGUACUUGCCAUUGCUGCCAGGGAUGUUGUAACCAUAUCUGGGGGGCCUUACUGGAACGUCCUAAAAGGAAGAAAAGAUGGAAGAGUUUCGAAAGCUUCUGAAACCGUCAACUUACCAGCUCCAACCUUCAACAUGUCUCAGCUCGUUCAAAGCUUUUCCAACAGAGGCUUAGGACUUAAAGAUUUGGUUGCUCUGUCAGGGGGACACACUCUCGGCUUUUCGCAUUGUUCUUCCUUUGAAUCACGGCUACGUAACUUUAGCUCAAACCAUGAUAUUGAUCCUAGUUUGAGCGUCGAAUUCGGUCAAGAGCUAAGGAAGAAAUGUCCGAAGCCAAACAAUGACAAAAAUGCAGGACAGUUCUUGGACUCAACUUCGUCCAGCUUCGACAACGACUAUUACAAGAGAUUGAUCCAAGGCAAAAGUGUGUUUGGAUCGGACCAAGCUUUGGGUGGUGAUUUUAGGACUAAGUGGAUUGUUGAAUCGUUUGCUGGGGACCAAAGUUUGUUCUUUAGAGAGUUCGCGGCUUCCAUGGUCAAACUUGGAAGUGUUGGGGUCAUUGAAAAUGGAGAAGUUAGACAGAAAUGUCGUGUGGUGAACUAGAGAUCGAGUGUAAAAGGAGUACUACUCUUACGAAAAAAAAGUUUUCUUUUGUGAGAGAGACUAAUAAGAGAAUGUUUUUAUUGAUUAAUUAUCGGAUUAUUGUUUGUUUAUGGUUAAUACAAGAAGGUACAGUUCAGAAUUGAAUAAGAGUGAUAUAAUAUAUGUUUCUGAGAUCAAACAUUUGAAUUUGCUAUUAUGGUGAUGAUUGGUGAGUGUAAUAAAAUGGAAUGGAAUGGAAAAAAAUGAAUUUCUAUUUUAUUACUUUA